AUGCGAGAGUCGGUUGCAAUUGAACAAAUACGAUUUGACAAAACUGUAUUCAUAUGGCUGAACACUGAAGCUUCGAAAUAUGAAGUACAAAACCAAAGGCACAAUUACAAGCAAGUUAGAGCUAAAUUAAGUAGAUUAGGCACUUUACUAUAUCAUAUAAAAAAUAUUAAUGGAAAUAUCAAUGAGCUCUGUGAUAUCUUUAAUGAAGACUUUUAUGAUGACUUCAUCAAAGUUGUUAAAAUAAUGGGCAAACCGCAUCCAGACACAAAAUAUAUGCAGUCACCGGCUACUGCAAACGACAUGUUUAAUUUAAUAAAAAAAGUUGCGCACGUUUAUGAUGUAACACUUGGAAGUAAAAACGAAUCUAAAAGAAAACAAACACAAGCAUUUAUUAAAAAACUUAAUGAGUUAUGGCAUAGCAGUAUUGGAAACACAAUAGCAGAAACGCAGGCUAAUAUUCGAAGGAAGCAGAUUAAAGUUUUGCCAGAACAAUCUGACAUUAAACUUUUGAACAACUAUUUGUUAAAACAAAUGAAAGAUGCUCAUCAUAGUUUACUCAAUAAUUAUUCUGAUGACAGUUACGAAAAAUUAAGAAAUAGCUUAUUAUCAUUUUUAGAAUUGACGAACUGUAGAAGGCCGGGAGAAGUAGAAAGAAUGACUUUCGAAGACUACGGUGGUAAAAUGAAUAAUGGGAAAAAGUGUAGAAUUGAACUUCGUGGGAAAAGAUCAAGACCAGUUCCAGUCAUUUGUGAUACAGAAAUAAUAGAUUAUUUAGAACUACUUAUCUCAUGUAGAAGCCAGGCAAAUAUUUUUCAAAACAACCCUUUUAUAUUUUCAUCUAUUCAUGACGUCUCUGCGAAAUUCUUUUCAUGUCCAUCAGCUUCGAAAUUGGUGAAUUCUUAUGCCACAAAAUGUGGAGCUAAAUAUCCUGAAAACCUAAAGGCAACGCUUUAUCGUAUGUUAAUGGCGACUGAACAAAUGAAAAAAGGUAUAAAUCAAAAUGAGAUUGAACAACUUUCAGGAUACUUAGGUCAUACUGCUAACAUACAUCGUCAAAAUUAUCGAUUAACUGUUUUUGAGCGCGACAUAGAAAUUUCCGAAAAAGUAAGAGAGGUUCAAGGCUUUGAAAAUCACGAAGAAAUAUUACACGAUAACAGUAAUAUUAGUGGAAAUAUAAUUGAAGGAGAAUUUCAGCAUGAAUCUACUGAUCAUUCAAACCGAAUUGGCAAUGUUUUUACUAAUGAUGAGCUUGAGAAACAAACUUCUACAGAAAAAGAUAGUGGACCUGAUAUUUGCAACUAUGAUAAAUCUAAUGAAGAGCCAACAAAAACAAGUAACAUGAAUAGCGUAGAGCGACACAAAAGGCUACCAUGGAAGAAGUCUUCUAUUGAUGCAUUUUUAUCGUAUUUUCCAAACGCCUUUAAUCUCGAAAUUAAACCACCAUCCGGAAAAGAAUUAAGGGACUUUAUAAGAACUACUGAUGAUCCCAUUCUCCAGUUAAGGACAGAGCCGCAAAUCAGGUCUUGGCUUCAUUUACAAAGGAAACAAAAAAGAACUCCUUCUGAUGUUCCCCAAAGAAAUAUUAUUCCUGGAUACAUUUAUCAUAGCUUUGACAAAUAUAUUGCGGCUAAGAAGAUACCGUCUCAUGGUGUUUGUGCAAAAUUUUUAUCAAAAUCUCCAUCUAAAAACAAUAUUACAAUAAUUAACGUACAAAAUUGGGUUAAGCAAGCCAUUCUCAGGAAAUCUCAUUAAUUUCAACUAUUACAAUGUUUGAUAACAGUAAUUCGUAACAUUUUUCGAGUAAGAUUAAACGAGACUUGAUUAUUUGAAACGUUUGAAUUUUUAGCUUGUUUGUUCGCCUUUUAUCAUUCAAAUCAGUCUAAUUUUCAAUUUUAAUU